UUGAUAACCUGAAAAAACUGCUAAAGCUGUUGAAAAACAAAAGAACACUGGAUUUUCAGUUGAAAUGGAUGUUAAUAUACAUUCAAUAUCAUCUGUUAAGGAGCAUUUAAAUAACCUUCUCCAAAUUUAUAAUCAAUUCAAGUUUCUGACGGACUCUUACAUCAUUGAGUUUUUUAUAGAAAAACACUGGAUGAAACUUCCAUUAAGAUGGAGGGAAAUUCUGGAUAGAAUGAGCCCAAGCGGAUUUGCUAAAGAGAUCUUUGUCUCAUCAAGUUGUGUUUCAACUGUUUUGCCAUUAUCUCUAAUUGCGUUUAAAGCAUGUUGUUUAAAAUUAUCACUGUCAAGAUCAUACAAUACUGAACAAGAUACUGGAGAAUUUUGUCAUUCAAAUCCAAGUCAAAAUAAACUUUUGAAGCAUAUAUUCAGAAAACACGUUAAUCCGAAAAAGCAGCAUGAAAUAAGGAAACUAUCAAAGAUAAUAACUGAUGUUGCAUCCAAAGCAAAAGUUUCAAAAGUUGCCGACAUUGGUUCAGGCCAAGGGCAUCUUUCAAGAUUACUUGCCAUUGGACAUGGAUUUGAUAUUACAUCAAUUGAAUCAGUUGAGAAGAAUGUUGAUAAAGCUAAACAAUUUGAUGUAGAGUGUAUUAAACAAGUGUUGAAAGACAAUCCAAAUCAUUAUCAGACAUUGCCUAAUCAUGUAUUACAUCAUAUCGAUCCUUUUAUAUCUGAAGAUUCUUUUUUCAAAUUGUUUAUUCCAGAGCCAAAUACUAGCAAUGAUCCUCCUAUUUUACUGUCAGGACUUCAUGCUUGUGGAGAUCUUAGUUCAACAAUGUUACAUAGUUAUGUUGGAAGCGAAAAAAUAACUGCAUUAGUUUCGGUUGCCUGUUGUUAUAUGAAAUUAACUCAGGAUGUCGAAAGAUGUAGUGUAAAAUCAAACCGAAUCGAGUCAAAAUCUGGUUAUCCAUUAAGCAAGUUUGUUCAAUGUAUAAAGGAUCAUAAUCUUUCUUACAAAAGCAGAGAGAUAUCAUGUCAUGCCAAUGAAGUCUUUGCACAAAGGCUUCAAACAAAUUGUGAUCAUUUAAAAAUUCAUUGUUAUCGAGCAGUUUUAGAGCAUAUAUUACGACAAAAACAUGCGGAUAUGAUUAGAAUUGGAGUGCAAAUAUCUAAGAAGGCAUAUCUGAAAACUUUUCAAGAAUAUCUUGAUCUAUCAUGCGCAAAAUUAAGUCUUUCCCCUAUAUCUAUAGCUAAUAAUAUUGAAGUUUCAUCAAUGCUAUCAGAUUGGGGUAAAGUUGUUCUUUACUAUGGUUUAUGUUUAAUGUUAGCACCUAUAAUUGAAUCUAUAAUAUUGCUGGAUAGGGCUGUUUAUUUGUUUGAAAAUGGCUUGGAUUCAUCGAUACCAUGUAUUUUCAACCCAGAACUGUCGCCAAGGUGCUUUGCCUUGAUUUCAACUAAAUCUGUGAAAUACGAUCAAGGAUAAAUUCACAACUAGUUUAUAUAUGUGAUCGCGAAUCAAGAACACAUGCUUCUCAGAAAGUUGGGAGAUAUAUUGGCUGUCACUUAUCAGAGGGUGUGUUCUGAUCCUAAUUUUAUUGUUUUUUAUUACAUAAAGAUCCUAAUAACUAUGCAAAUAAACUCUGACUCCAUUUUAGCAGUGAAGAGGCAUUUGGAAGCCCUGCUAAGAAUAACGAAUUAUUAUCAAAACUUCACCGAUACUUAUGUUGUUGAAUUUUUUGUCGAAGAUCUUUGGAGCAGGGUUCCUGACAAAUGGAGAGAAGUUUUGGAUGAAAUGACUUCAUGCGAAUUUGCCGAAGAGAUAUUUCAACCUACAUUGAAUUCUAUAUAUUCUAGAGUUUAUCCACUGUCCUUACUUUCGUUUAAAGCUUGUUGCAACAAACUGCAAAUACCCAGACAAGUAGUUGGUCUUGAUAAUUCAACCACAAGCCGACAGCAACAUAGUAAAUUGUUCAAUUAUGCUAUGAAGAAGCAUAUUAAUAUGAAAAAACAGCAUGAAUUAAAGCAACUUUGUGAAGUGAUUGUUAACGAGGCUGCAAAAUCUGGUUCUUUACAUGUGGUGGAUGUUGGAUCUGGCCGUGGUCAUCUGUCCAGAUUACUCUCUAUUGAGCAUAACUUUAAAGUAACAUCUAUUGAAUCUGAUGAUAAAAAUGUUGAAAGGGCAAGAGUCUUUGAUAAGCAAUGUCUUGAAUUUGUUUCAAAAACUGACUCGAAUGCAAUUAAAAUUUUGCCCACGCACAUAACACACCAUGUUAAACGUUAUAUAUCGGGAGAUGAAUUUGUGACUCUGAUCAAAACAGAUUCCUCUAUCAACAAUGAUCGUAUAUUACUCUCAGGACUCCAUGCAUGUGGUGAUCUAAGUCCAACUAUGAUAUACACAUUCGUUAACUGCAAGGAAAUUGCCUGCCUAAUUUCAGUCGCUUGCUGCUAUAUGAAAUUAAGUGUCGAUGAAUUGGGAACCCAAAAGGCAGAACCUCAUUAUAGCGUCGAAGGGGAUAAAUUAGGAUAUCCAAUGAGCAAAUAUGUGGCUUCUAUGCAAAACCAUCAAAUCAAAUUCACCAGCCGGAAAAUUUCAUGUCAUAGCAAUGAGGCAUUGUCUGAAAAGAUGCUCAGUGAUGGAGGACAUUUGAAAGUUCAAUGUUAUCGGGCUGUAUUAGAAUAUAUUUUACGCAAAAAAAAUCCCAAUAUGAUAAGACCUGGGGUACAUAACAAUAACAAAAAAUCGACAAAGAAAACAUGCUUGUCAAAGUUUGCAGACUAUUUGGAGCUUGCAUUUAAUAAACUUGAUAUUCCUGUGCCAACUAACAAAGAAUUUGACAAUAUUCACAUUAAUCAAAUGUUGUCCAAAAAUCAUAGAGUUGUAAUAUUUUAUGCUUUGUGUUCAAUGUUGGCUCCUUUAAUUGAAAAUAUCAUUCUUCUUGAUAGAGCUGUUUAUUUGUAUGAAAAUGGAUUUGAUUCUUCAGUUCAAUGUAUAUUUGAACCCAAAAUUUCUCCAAGAUGUUUUGCUCUUUUCGCAAGUAAAUCAUGAAUGUUUAUGCUUUUCACUGUUGACAUUGUUGCUAAUCAUUUUAUGAACAGUUAUUUGUUUUUACUUCCUUGUUGGCUACUUUAUCUUAUCAUGAAUAUAUAUAUAUUUUUAAUAUUUAUAUGCAAUCUUGAAAUAGAUGAAAUUUUUAACAACAUUAACAAGGAUUUUAAUACAAAAUUAUAAGCCAGUAGUGGUAUAAAUAUUACAAGGUUACACGGUACAUCAUAAGCACUGAAAGGGUUGAUUGUCAUUGUUGACGUAAACAAGCAAUAUUAUUUCUACAUACUGGAAGAGUUACGGUAUUUGGUUUCAAAUUGAAUUUUUUCUUGAUUACAGA